AUAUGCUCUAUAUAUAAUAUCAUAUAUAUAAAUAUAUACUCACACAUAGUAUGUUUUAGUAUUGCAGCUUCGAUGGGUCUCUAACCUACCCCUUCAAAAUUUUCAAUCAUCCAACAGCGCGGCCAGUGGCUAUAACCUAGCUCCAAACCUCCGUGGCUGGUGGCUGAAUUAAGAUCGGAACUAGUAAGAAUGGAGUUGUUGAACAGUAGGUCGUGGACGAACGAGAAGCACGUCAAGUUUUUGAACAGCAUGGAGGAAUCCUUCGUGCGUGCCAUGUUUGAGAAGAAGAAGGAUCACCGUCGUCCUCCUCGUCUCGACCGGUACUUUCCGGACACCUCUGACUCAACCCUAGAUCUCAAAACCAGCAGCAGAAUUUCCAAAAACCAUAACUCUUCACAAGGUGGCAGAAUGGGCGGUAGAUGUCAUAAAAGAUCGAGGAUGUUAUCAUCUCAGCCGUCCAUUGCAUCACAAGAUCAGGUGGUCCCACAGAUUAAGAUCAGAACGGUUGAUGAUAAAGAUGAAAUAGAGCACCACAAAGCACCUCAGCUGGCACGGUCUGCACCUAUCAACUAAGAACUGAGAUCAUCCAUCCAUGGAUAUAGAAAAACUUUUAGUGUGAUCGGUAUACGAAGUGGUACACCACGUGUCAUUAUAUAAAUGGUGAGAUAUGUAUGUUAAAAUGUUAAUAACUUAAAAAAUAAAAUUUCUCACCACUUAUAUAAAAAUACGUGAUGUAUCUUCUAUGUUCUGAUCACAAUGAAAAAUUUCUCUAUAAAUAUGAUUAGUUCUUGCUAAUGUUAAUCUUAUAAUUAUUAAUUAUUUCUAGGGUUUUCUUUUAUUUGGGGGAAACGAUAGCGAUGGUGUAAUUGAUUUUUUGGCGACAAAAGGUUGCAUUAAUUUGGUGAUGGGUUAGGGAACCUUUCAAGGAAAGAAGAGAAAAAGGACAAUAAGAAAGGACAAGGAUUGUCUACCCUCCAUUUUCGGUA